CGCUGAAAGAGUUUAGGAAAAACAUGGCGGCGCCCAUGCAAGCGUUUGUUCACCGAUAAAAGUUGUUUCACGAAUCGGAGUUUAUGCAUUUAUAGUCAGAUAUCUGAUAACAGAAAUGGCUGAGAACAAAGAGGAUUCUGCAGAGGUAGUUGAAUCUCCUCCUCCAGUUCCAUCAGUUACCGAGCAACAGAAAGAAUUAGCCAAUCAGGCACUUCAGGAAUUCAAUCAAAAACAAUAUGGUGCAUGUUGUAAUAUCAUGCACAAGUUGAUUGCUCAAAGGAGCACAGAUCCAAAAGUGGUGCAUAACAAGGCUGUAGCUGAGUUCUAUCAAAGUGGCUUUCUCACAACAGAUGAGUUCCGUGAUAGACUGUCAUCAGUGUGUCUUAUGGCAAAUGUGAACAUCAACAACAGUGAAAGCCUGGAGGAUGUGGACCAUAGUGUUAUCUACUACAACCAGGCUGUGGUACUGUACCACCUCCGACAGUACAAAGCUGCUCUCAACAUCCUAGACAAACUCUUCCAGUUCAUCGAACCUCUGGAAGAAGCCUUGGCUAGAAAAGCUGUCAUGUUACUCGUGGAGUUGUACCUGUGUACUUUCCAGCCAGAAAAAGCUAUUGGAAUGCUGAGUUAUGCAGAAAAAACAAUGUUCAAUGGAAGCAAGGAAAAAACUGAGAAAGAAAACAAGGAGGAUUCUGAAGCAUCAGAGUUGUGGAAACCUAAAAUCAGCAUGUUCAAAACACGGUGCUUAUUAAUGAUGAAAUCUAUGAAGUCCUGUAAGAGAGAGAUAAAGUCUUUGAUGAAUACCCAGGCAAUGAACACAUCUGUGAUAUUUCUGAAGAGUAACUUUGAAUACCUAAGAGGCAAUUAUCGUAAAACAAUCAAAAUGUUGGGGCCACCUUCAUUUGUGCAACUGUUCACAGAGUCAGGAGAGUGCCUGCCAGUAAUGUACUAUAACAAUAUGGGAUGUGUUCAUUUUCACAUGCGUAAACAUCACAAUGGAGCAUUUAACUUUAGAAAGGCCAUUCAGGAAAAUGAGAAUGCAAUCAAAGAUCUUCGCCGAGGAGCAGAGCAGCAUAAGAAUCUGAAUGGGAAGCCAUUAAACAUGAUAGGUGUGAGUCGCCACUACGAGUUGUUGUACAACAUGGGUAUACAGCUGCUGCAUUGUGGCAAUCCCCUGGGUGCGUUUGAGUGUCUGGUGGAGGCUGUACAGGUGUUCCGUAUCAACCCUCGGCUGUGGCUACGGCUCGCGGAGUGUUGUAUAAUGGCCAACAGAGAGAAUAAUGAUGAUGACAGAAAAUUAGAACGAAGACUAGAAGUCAUUCAGGGGUCAGAUGGGAGUGGCAUCCACAGGAAGUUACGACUUGGUCCAGGCAUUCACAAAAACAGAUCAAGCCCUGGUACACCGGCAAUACCCGCCCCCAAUCUUGAGUUUGCUGCCCUUUGUCUGAAAAAUGCCCUGCUUCUUCUACGAGAGGAUCCCCUCAAUGUACAACCCACACCGGCCGAGGACCAGGAGGGAGUUAAGACUCCCCCAGAAAUGGUGCUGGUUCCUGCUCCACCUGGCAACCCAAUGCGAGCUAUGGAGGUAGCCAAUCUCAGGUGCUCUAUUCUGGCAGCAGCAGCCUAUGUGUCUCUGUGUCUGUAUGACUAUGCUCUGGCUCUACAACAUGCUGAGAAUCUCCUACGACAACCUCGACUAUCAGGGGCACAGAGGUACCUUGGCCACUUGUACAUGGCAGAGGCUCUUGUCUCCAUGGAUAAGAUAGCAGACGCCAUACAGCAUCUGAAUCCGGAGACGGUUGUGGAUAUCAGUACAAAUCCACCAGAGCAGAAAUCGGAACAAGAUAAAAAUGACAAGGGAGAUAAAUUGGACAAAGGAGAAAAAGACCAAGAACCAUCAGAAGCCAAAGGUUCUCUGUAUCCAUGGUCACCAAAAGAUCUGACAAAAGCCAAAGCUAUAAUGCAGUAUAACUUGGCCACAGCGCACGCCAUACGUGGAGAGUAUGACAAAGCGAUGGCCAACCUGGGAGAGAGCUCUAACUACAUCGGAACACCUUUGCCUGCCCAGAUGUACUUCCUGAAGCUGUACUUGGACCUCAUAGAAGGUCGAAGGAAAAUGGCGCAGAUUGUCAUCAAAGAUCAUUUUGGUCAUGUGACUCCUAACCGAGUGGAGAUGAAGAUUAACUCCAAACCCAACAAUGUACGGAACGAUGUGCCAAUGCCCUGACAACGGACAAAUUUGCAUCAGCUGUUGAACAGCACCCGAAACUUAACUGAGCAAAGCAGAGUAAAACAAAUAUCAUAGUGAGGCUGUGUUACCAUGGAGAUUGAUAAGCGGUGGAUCCUAUAGAAAUAACCUGGGUUGUUGCCUUGAACGCUUUAAUUCAAUAAGCUUCCUCCAUAUAGAUUUUUAUUAUUUUUAAUCACAGCGAUUUCACAUGUGGAUUCCGCCUCAUCAUUGUAAAAGGAUGUCGGGAUAAGAAUGGACGGCAUCUACCUAGAAACAGAAUCCUACCUUAUAGUGUCACUGUUUAUAAUGUGGAUGUCGUCUGAUCACUCGCCUGAAUCUCGCUUGACACACUGCAAUUGACUUUGGUUGGAGAUGUCAUUGCAUCACAGUAGUCAACCUGGGUCUUUGAUGAAAUCCUGGGUCACAGUGGUCAACAUGAGUCAUUGAAUGGAACUUAUGUGACAGGUCAACCACAAUCUAAGGGGUCAACCUGUGGUGAUCCUUGAUCAUGGUUGUCAAUCCUAGGUCACAGAGGUCGACCAAGGUUGUGAAUAUAAUACUGGUCACAGUGUACAAUCUGGGCACUGGGUAAUCCUGGUUCCCAAGUCAGCCAGUCAUUGAAGUGAUCCUGUGUCACAGGUCAACAUGGGUUAUAGGGUACUUAAGUCACAGGGGGUCAACAUGGGUUAUUGAGGUACCGGAUGAUUCUAUUUCACAUUGAAUUUUUUCAUUAGUCAAUCUUUAUGAAAGAGGUCAAUGGUGGUCGAGAGCAAAGUGACCUCUGUCAGAAAAUGGACAAAAUUGUCAAAGUGCUAUCAUAUUAUUAAGCUAUCUAGCUGUACACUGUUCUACACUGUGUUAACUAUGUCAUCCCUCUCCUUUACUGUUAAAAACACCUGUGACACAGGAUACUAGACCACCAGAGAAUUACAAUUUGUCUAUAGAAAGAAAUAUUUUAGCAUAAAAUGAUUAACAGGGAAAAUAUCAUGAAUGCCGGUUAUAAAUUAUUUGAAUGAUUAUAUUGAUAAUGAAAGCUGUGAAUCUGAUUCGUUAAUGAAAUCAGAAAAAAGCAAUAAAAAACUGCAA